AUUGAAAGAGACAUUCUAUAACUAAUCUAAUUUCUAGUCCUAUAAAUUGGCUAUGAUCCUCUGUAGUUGAUGUGUGACAGAGAAAAAAAAAAUACUAAGUAAGGUCUCUUUCACUAGUAGUAAAAAAAUAUGUCUAGAUUUGGCUUGGGUUUUCUGGUAUUUUGUAUUCUAGUAAUAUUUUUAGAUGCUAGCCAUGCACAAUUACAACUCAAUUUCUAUGCCAAGAGUUGUCCAAAAGCAGAGAAAAUUAUUCAGGACUAUGUCCACAAGCACAUUCCAAAGGUUCCAUCUCUUGCAGCAGCCUUGUUGCGACUACAUUUCCAUGAUUGUUUUGUCAGGGGUUGUGAUGGUUCAGUACUUCUGAAUUUCACUUCAAGCACGAAAAAUCAGACGGAAAAAGUGGCAAUUCCUAAUCAAACAUUGAGAGGUUUCUCAUUCAUAGAUGGAGUGAAGAAAAUAGUUGAAGCUGAAUGCCCUGGAGUUGUCUCUUGUGCUGAUAUUGUUACCUUGGUUGCUAGAGACUCUGUUUUGGUCACCGGAGGACCUUUCUGGAAUGUACCAACUGGUAGAAGAGAUGGAAAAAUAUCUAAUGCUUCUGAAGCCUUGGCAAAUAUUCCACCUCCAACUAGUAACUUGUCUAGUCUCCAGACUUCUUUUGCCAACAAGGGUCUUGAUCUAAAAGACUUGGUCCUCUUAUCUGGUGCUCAUACCAUUGGAGUUUCUCAUUGUUCAUCAUUUUCAACACGUUUGUACAAUUUCACCGGUGUAUUGGGCACACAAGAUCCAUCUCUAGACAGUGAAUAUGCAUCCAAUCUCAAGUCGAAGAAAUGCAAAUCAAUCAACGACAAUACAACAAUAGUUGAGAUGGAUCCUGGUAGUUUCAGGACAUUUGAUCUAAGCUACUACAAACUUCUGCUCAAAAGGAGAGGCCUAUUUCAAUCCGAUGCAGCCUUAACCACAAGUGUUACAACGAAAUCAUUCAUCAACCAGCUAGUUAAGGGUUCACUCCAAGAAUUCAACGCGGAAUUUGCUAAGGCCAUGGAGAAAAUGGGAAGGAUACAAGUUAAGACUGGCUCUGCUGGUGAAAUUAGAAAGCAAUGUGCAUUUGUGAACAAUUAGAGAACUCAUAUUUGCACUUAAAAUUUCGAAUUUUAUUUGGCUCUAUGUUUGCGUUUCGUUAUUGUUUUUCUGGGGAUUAUUUGUAUUGCUCUUCCUAUGUAUAGUAUGUUUGUCAUUCUACUUUUGUACCUUUGUUGCGAGUGUUUCAAAAUAAAAUUCCAAUGACAAGAGCCUUUUCUUCUCCACAA